UUUAUUUCUGGCAGCUUUAAUCUUCUUGGUCAUUCGUUGCGCUCCAUGUUAUUAACUAUUCACACACAUAAAGAAAUAAAAAAAUAUCCAAUUCUAACAUCAGAUUUUGCAGAGAAUUCUUCGCAUAUUGAUUCAUUGAACAAAAGCCGUACGGUAUCCGUUACUUCCUAGAAUAGUUAUGUGCUACCUACCUGCAUGUAGUUCACCUCGCUCGGCAAUCUACUGAUCAUUCGUUUGUUUCUUCUUCCUCACACAGGUAACGAAUGGAACGGCCACCACGUCCUCCGACACGAUGAACGACGACAACUAUUCAACCACGACGGAGCUGCUCCGCAUCCCUGACCAAACCAGCUCGGACGGGGACGAUCGCAGCAGCGUAAUCGUACAGCUGAAGGCGGGCUCCUCGGCAACCCUUCCGGCCGGAAUCGGUGGCAAGAAACGUCGAACUACUGCCGCCGCCGGCGGCGUCAACGCCCUGGACGGGGUCAUCAGCACCAAGAACCACCUGAAGCUAGUCAGCAAGGAGCUCGAGUGGGAGCGUCGCUUCCGGGACGAUCAGCUGUCGCGGAUACUGAAGGCGCUGAUCUACUUCGAGGCGCGACUCCAGAGCGAACACAAAGCCAUCCGGCAGCAGCUGCACGAGAAGGAUGACGUCAUCAACCGGCAGAGCGACACGAUCAACCGGAUGAAGCGGAAGCUGGGCGAGGACAGUGGGGACGGCGGUGAGCUGCCCGAGGUGGCGCAGUUUUGUCCGCGGUGUCGCAAGAACUACUACGGGGUGGAGUUCCGCUGCAGUGGAACGCAGACGGCGGAGUACCGGGAGGAUGGUCGGGAGAGUGUGAAUACGGAGAACCUCUCGCUGAACAGCGUCGAGUACGCCUCGUCGAGCGAGGACCAGGACUCGUCGCUGUACGUGCUGCGCGCCAACUCGUUCAAGGACGCGCGACGGAGCCGCAAGUACACCAGCAAGCGCUCCUACCAGGGCUACUCGCGGCCAUCGCGGCAGUGCAGCUUCAAGAGUACGGCGAGUAGCGUCAGCAAUAUGGGUGUCGGCAGCGGAAAGCCUCCGAUUGACGGGAUGGCUGGUGGUGGCGCCGAGUGCAACGAAACUUACGAAAACAUCGAACCAAAUACGAAUGUGCCUAAAAUUGUGAUUUACGAGAAUUAUGAGAGCGAUAAGGAGAACAAGGAGGGCGGGAAUAACUACGACGUGGUGGAGCCGAGCUAUUCGAACCGGAUGGACUCGAUGCACGGGAUAAAGGGGGCGCCCUGUCCGAGGAUUCUGGAGGACGGGACGGAGACGGACGGGGCGCGGACGGAUGGGGAAGACGGGGAGUACAACACGCGGAAGUACACCGAGGGGAUGGAGAUGAAGCAGACGAUCGAGACGAAUGACGACUGGUACGCGAGUGCGAGCGACAUGGAGGACUCGGACACGGCGCUGGGGAAGCCGUACAGCAACGCGGCGGUCAAUCCGGUGCUGGAAUGUGUGAACCAGAUACUUCUCCAGCAAUCGAUGGAUGGCUUUGGAGAGACCAACAAAGACCCGUCGUCCAGCAACGCCGAGGACGAUUUGUACAUCAAGGCGCAGGAACCGCCGAAGGAACCUUCCGCGGUACGCUCAAAGCGGGUCCACUUUUCCACCCAGAACAGCAUGGUGCAGGUUCCUCGGAUCAACCUGCAGCCAUCGCCGGCGCCUCGUAAGGACGACAAGGGCUCACCAACGUACGAGAUCCAGAGCAUCUACAGCAACGAGUACGAACCAAUUGGCUCGGAGCAGAACUCAUACUCGAACUAUUACGUGGACAUGGAAUCGAAGCUCGGUUCGGAGGAUCGCGAGCGGGAGCUGGCCGCGGCGGAGAAGCGCAAGGUACCACCGGCACUGCCACCAAAGCCGGCGAAUCUGCUAAAACUGCAGCAAAUCUCGAAGCAGCAGCGACUGGUACAAAUCAACAAGACGUCCGUGGCGAAGAGUUGUGCCAGCGAUAUCGCCGAGUCCGAACCAGACUACUGCUCGAUCAGCGAGAUUCAGGACUCGGUCAAGUGUGUUCAGAUCGUGGCGGAGAUCCACAAGGAGGCGUGCGAGGAUGACUACUCGGUGGUCGACGAGGAGAUGGAGGAGGACGUGGAAAGCAAGAAGAGUGCCGAUCCGGAAGAGUCGUUUGCCGAUGUGCCGAAGCUGCCGAACGUGGCGGAGAUCGUUCCGCCGAAGAAGGAAAGCGGAGGGAAGUUCAUCAGUCAGGACAAUUACAUCACCAAGUCGAAUGGGGGAACGCCGGUUAAGGUUACGCCGACGAAGAAAGACGGCGAGUUUCGAGAGCAGCUGUCGGAGAUCAUUGCCGAGAUCAACAAGCAAUCCCCAGCGAUUAGGAACGCCUCCAAGAAGCACGUGCCGGUGAAGGAUCUUGGAAUGGGCUUCCGGAAUGCUAGCAAUAUCCCAACGCUCGGUUUCCAGUCCAAGCUGAAACCGGUUGAUAAGAUGAGUUUCCUCAGCAAAAUGAACUCCGGAUCGGUUUCGAACAUCAGCUUGAACGCCAAGAUCAACGGUUCACUACCCAAGCCAGCUCGACCACUCGCCCUCAAGUCAAACCUGCAGCUGAAACCUCUCAGUACAAGCCUGAACUCGUCGGGCAACUUGAACUCGCUCGUGCCGGGCAGCCCCAGCAAGACGGGCACGUUCAUACCAAAUCUAAGGUCACCCAGCUCGCAAAAUGGCCACUCCCCCACCAAAACAUCGCCACUCAAGAAGCCGACACCGGUCAUCAUCGCCGAAGACAGCAAAUUACCCAUUCAAGCGGAGUUUGAUUGGUAUAAUUUGGACGCCGAGUACGGCAAGUCUAACAACCAGCCCGACAUCAUCAUCGAGGCGGAUCCGGUGCCACCGGGCGACGAACCACCGCUAGAAACCGACGACAAACUCGAAGAAGACUCCGCCAACGGGCACAGCUCCGAAGCCAGCGGCAGUGACCUCGAAAACGUCGAGUACAACCUGGACGAGGCGUACAAAACGCUGGCCCCGCUCGUGCAACCUCCGGACAUCAUCCAGCAGAAGACCAGCCCGCCCACGACCCCACUCAAGAACGGCAAGAUCCCGUACAACAGCCUCUCCUUCAAGGAGCUGAUGGCGCUCAACGAAACGCCCAAGAUCGAGAAGAUCAGCGCGGCCGCGACGGACGCCGCCAACGGGAACUACGAGCACUUCCUGGACGAUUCCGGCCUCUGCUCCAAGCCGAUCAUCCUGCCCCGCAAGAAGCGCGUCUACUACUCGGGACCGUUCGUCUAAACUGCCUUUCUUUUUACGCACUUAAGUUGUUACAUUAGUUGUUAGUAUUACCCAGUGCCGAUCGCAUUAAGGUUCGCAAAUCACGUAAUUGGUGUGAAAUUAGUUCAGUAGCUCAAUGAAAUGUCUCCCGGCCCGGUCCGGUGUACAUAUAAAAAGAGAAAACCCAAUUUGUAAUUCAAUCUCCAUAUUUGCUGCGCGCGUGUGACGCUGCGGAGCGCAAAAUUCCAAAAGUCCUAAUUUGCAUACACGCGGCCGAAGUUGAUUUGGGUUGCCGAAUAGCAUCACGGCGCGUUGGCCGGCCUUGACAGGUAUGCGGCCACGUGUGGCUAUCCACGACCAGAAUGAGGGAUCGAGUAAUUAGGAUUAACUCGGAUGUAAGGGGUUUCGAGUGAGGAGGGGCAUUAUUUGCCAUUUCAAUUAUGUUGCG